AUGAGGCCAGCACUGCUGGCAUGGGCGCUUACAGCCGUCUUGUCAAUAUCGGCCGCAGCACCGCCGGGUUCAGAAAAGGGUGGAAAGGUCCGGACAAAUGAUCCAGUUGCAGCAGACUCUUCUGCCAAUGGAGGGGAUGGUGCCGACUACACUGUUUUCAAUGAUAUCAACGUGCCUCCCAUGAAAGAAAUCGAGGGUGACAAGUUCUCCGAAACAAUAAAAGAUGGAUACUGGUGGGUUAAGUUCUAUUCACCCUACUGCGGACAUUGCAAGGUCGUCGCGCCGCUCUGGCAAACUCUCUACGAGUUUUACGUGACCUCGGACCCUCUCGAAGGCCGCACCAAGGAUGGCCAGCCAGACUUGUCGUCGCCUAACAGUUUCCACGGGUAUUACAAGUUUCAUUUCGCUUCGAUCAACUGUGUCGCCUAUGGUGAUGUCUGUGAAAAACACGGGAUCAAAGGUUGGCCUACAUUCUUGCUGUUUAAAGAUGGCGAACUCGUGGAGCGGUACUCGGGAGAAAGGUCCAUGGAGGGUUUCAGCAGCUAUGUGGAAGAAAAGCUGGAACAAAUCAAGCCGGGAUCGCGGCCCAGAGAGGGAGUCAAGGUCCCCAAGCCAGGCGCAAAAGGUAUUGAUCGCACGGCUGCGCCGGAGAAACCUGUCUCCAAAGACAAAGACACAGCUGCAGGAGUGGCUGCAGGCGAAAAGCAAAACAAAGAGGCAGCUGAACUGUCGACCGAGACGUCGUCUGCAAUGUUGGCGUCCGAGACUGCAAAGUUGGGGAGGUUCAAGAACGCCAAAAAUGCUACUCCGCCAAACCCCCUGGGGACCUCGGUUCCUCUGACGGCCGAGUCGUUCCAAAAGCUCGUCACUACCUCGCAGGAUCCGUGGUUCAUCAAGUUCUACGUGCCGUGGUGUUCGCACUGCCAGCAUCUCGCCCCCACCUGGGCAGAGAUGGCAAAGGAAAUGGAAGGGCAGCUCAACGUCGGAGAGGUCAACUGUGAACAAUCUCCCCGUCUGUGCAAAGAUGCCAAAGUCAGUGCUUAUCCUACCGUCUACUUCUUCCGAGGUGGCGAGCGGGUCGAGUAUCAAGGCCUACGUGGGCUCGGUGACCUGUUGUCCUUCGCCAGCAAGGCAUUGGACAGCGAUGUCAAGUAUGUCGAUGCCGCCGCAUUCAAGGAAAUGGAGGAGACGGAAGAGGUCAUCUUUGUCUACUUCUUCGACGAUGCCACCACUUCCGAAGAUUUUGCCGCCUUGGACCGCUUGACUUUGAGUUUGAUUGGACACGCGAAGAUCGUUAAAACCGACUCGGAAAUCCUGGCCAACCGAUUCAAAAUCUCUACCUGGCCAAGGUUGCUGGUGUCUCGAGAUGGAAGGCCGACAUACUACAACGCUCUUGCACCAAAAGACAUGCGAGAUUUCCGAAAAGUCCUGACCUGGAUGCAGUCCGUCUGGUUGCCGAUCGUCCCCGAACUGACCGCAUCUAACGCAAAGGAACUCAUGGCAGGAAAAUACGUCGUGCUGGGUAUGUUAUCGCGAGAACGGCCCGACGAAUUUAUGCAGUCAAGGCGCGAGUUGAAGAACGCGGCUCUGGAGUGGAUGGACAAACAAACACAGGCUUUCCAACUCGAACGACAAGAACUGCGUGAUUCGAAACAAUUGCGGAUCGAGGAAGCUGAAGAUCGCAAUGAUCAACGUGCAUUGCGGCAGGCAAAAAGCUUUGUCAUCAGCAUUACCGAGGAGAACUUCCGUAAAGGGGUGGCCUUUGCCUGGGUAGACGGCAUCUUUUGGGAGCGCUGGCUGCGGUCAACUUACGGAGUGGAUGUGUCAAAGGGUGAAAGGGUUAUCAUCAACGACGAGGAUAACCGCCGUUACUGGGAUGUCACCGACUCUGGAGCCUAUAUUAUGCCCUCUCGAACCUCGAUUCUCGAAACGCUGCCUCGAAUAGUUGCCAACCCUCCAAAGUUGACCCCGAAGUCGACCAUCAGCACCUUUGAGAACAUUUUCUUCCAGAUUCGGAAUUUCGGAACCUAUCAUCCGUACUUCUCGUUUGGGAUCUUGAUCCUGUCCGUCUUUGCACUUUUCUGGGUCCUGAAAAAUGGCACCUCACUCAAGAAGAAUCUGAGCAGAAACAGCAGUGGCUAUUUCCACCUUGAGGGGAAGGAGGGGCUUUUGGGCAUGACGAACGGCAAGGCUGAUUGA